AGUCCCCUGCUGUUCCCUAACAACCAAAGUGCACACAGAGCCUCACACACAUCCAUCCGUGACACCAGCAAGACAAGGGGGGGACAAGCCAGCCAUGGCAUCUACAUUCCCCCCUAAACUCAGUCCCACGCUGAUGACACCAGAACCACAUUUUAUCCCAGGGUACAGUGGCUUCUGCCCUCAAUACAGGUACCACCUGGGUAAAACCUAUGGGAAGCUCACCUCACAACUGCUAACCAGUCAAGAUAUCAAGCACUCUGGGCACCUGGUGCUCCAGUCAAAUCCUUUCCCUCCUCCCCGUCAUGAUAGCAAUGCGGAGAACCCGCCAGAGACACUCAGAAGACGGAGACUCCGUCUAGGAGACCAGAAACUCACCUGGACCAUGAUCCCAGGUUACACCGGCUUCAUCCCCAGAUCUCAGCACUUCUUUGCUAAGACCUACGCAGAGACCAGUAAAGACGCCAUAAGUAAUUUCAUGAAAGAACAACGUACGCACGAAUCCCUGGAACAGAGCACAAGCCACAGACUGCAGAGUGGGCAGCAGCAGGGGCCGCAGGCAGAGCAGGAGAACAAGCUCAUCACAGCCAAGUACCGGACCCCACUCCCAGCCUUGUCUAAGGAGCCAGCACCUUAUGUUUCUCAGAAGGCUCCACAGCCUGAUAUCUCCCCUUAUUACAUGAACGAUGAGAACCCGUACAAGUACUUCAUAUCAGGCUACACUGGGUACGUCCCACGAUCGCGUUUCCUCAUUGGCACAGGGUAUCCUGUGACCACUAACAGAGCUCUGGUGGAAUUUGGUCACAUAAACUUGAAGAAGAGCAUUAGGCUAAAUGAGGAAGCUGAGCCUUUGGAGGAGAACACUCUGCACCCUGAACAGAACCACAUCUAUCUGGAGCAACUGGGCUUACUGCCGCGCUACACUGGAUACGUGCCAGGUUACAAGUUUCAGUACGGCCAUACCUAUGGACAUCUAACCCAGGAUGCACUGGGGCAGAGCACACUGCAAAAACAAGUUGUGAAUUAAAAAAAGGCAGAACACUGAAUAGAAAUGACUGAAGAUUUGAUUAUUUCAAUUGGUUACUAUGUUUAUACUGGAGCCCUCCUUCACAUCACUUUAGAAAAUCCUACAGAGCGUAUUGUGAGGAAAAGUCAAAAUGAAACAUUCAUAGUUUAGAUCAUCAGUGUCUCUUAACCUUUUUGUACCUAGUAUCCCUACAAGCAUCAUUUUUUUGUCCUAAUUACCCCCAAAUACAGUUGCCACCUGGCUUGCCCGGUAUUUGCUUUCAAGGUGAAACUUUUUCUAAGUGUGUUUUAAUCUAAUUAUAAACCAAUGAUCAUUUUAAAUCAGUCCUAGCAGCUUUAGUUUCUAAUUUAUGCUGAAUAAUUAUUUAUCAUGUGGUACAAGAAACAAGGAGAUACAGCAUGCACAUUUUAAAGCAAACAACUGUCUAAUUUACUUAUAUUAUCCAAUUGACUUUGUUCUUGUGCUAUCCUUUGUUGAGCACUAUAUGUUCCAAUCAUUUUUGCAAACAUUGUUGCUGUAUUGUGCGUACUCCUGAUAAUAUCUAUAUAUGCUGUGACAGACCCUUCGGUCAGGACUGAAAGUGUUAACUUUAUUUUCUAACCACAAGUGGCUGGCUCCAGCUACAAUCUAAUUAAUGCUUAGCAUUCUAUUGUUUGAUCACCUCCAGAGAGAAAGUGAUAAGAAGAGUCAAGAGUGUCUUGUGGUUGAAGUGUUUAAGUAAUAUAAUCCUAUUGUAUCAUGUCAAGGGCGCUUCUCCCUUUUAUCUAAUGUACAACAUUCUUUCAACCCCCAUCUGAGGGGGGGUCAAAAACCUGUAUAAAUCUGUGUGCUGCCUUCAAAUAAAGUUGUCAUUCUGUUUUAAACCUGAA